GCCUCGGAGCUGUCCCUGGUGCUGCUCCCGGCCCCUCCCCGUGGCCUCGGGGCUGGCCCGCUGGAGCCGGGGUGGGGGGAAGUUUGGGGCAUAGCCGGCGGCAGCGUCCCACGCAGGAUCGCCUGGAUUGAGAGCCAGUGACGCGGGCGGGGGGGGGGAGCAGCUGGGGCUGGGACAGAUCGGUCCUGGGCAGCCGGCGUCUGAGAGCUCCUGCUGCUCUCGGGAGCCAGUGAAGGGCAGGAAAGAGAGAGCGAGAGAAAGGAGGAGAGAGAAGUGGAAAGAAGGAAAGAAGAGAAGGAGAGAGAAGGAAGGAGGUGAAGAGACGGAGAGAGAGAGAGAAGAGAAAAGGAGGAAGGAAAGAGGGAGGAAGGCGAGAGGGACAGACCCCCCCGGUGCCGGUGCUGGAGCUGGAACAUGCUGCUGUGACCCGGCCCGGUCCCGCUCGCCGCCAUGCAGUUCAACAAGGAGCAGUUCCAGAAGUUCGCCGGGAAGACGCUGGGCCAGGUGCACAGGCUGCUGGAGAGGCGCCAGCCGGGCGGGGAGACAAUCGAGCUGACGCAGGAGGGGCGCGCGGUGGAGGUGUCGGAGAAGCACCAGCCGGUCGUGGACUGCACCUGCUUCGGCCUCCCGCGCCGGUACAUCAUCGCCAUGCUCUGCGGCUUCGGCUUCUGCAUCAGCUUCGGGAUCCGCUGCAACCUGGGCGUGGCCAUCGUCAGCAUGGUGAACAACAACACAGUGUACCGGGGCGACAAGGUGGUGGUGGAGAAAGCCCAGUUCACCUGGGACCCCGAAACGGUCGGGAUGAUUCACGGCUCCUUCUUUUGGGGCUACAUCGUCACGCAAAUCCCUGGUGGCUUCAUCGCCCAGAAAUUUGCUGCCAAUAGGGUGUUUGGCUUUGCCAUUGUGGCCACCUCAACGCUGAACAUGCUGAUCCCGUCGGCCGCCCGGGUUCACUACGGCUGCGUCAUCUUCGUCCGCAUCCUGCAGGGGCUGGUGGAGGGGGUGACAUACCCGGCCUGCCACGGGAUCUGGAGCAAGUGGGCCCCCCCUCUGGAGCGCAGCCGCCUGGCCACCACGGCCUUCUGUGGCUCCUACGCGGGCGCAGUGGUGGCCAUGCCGCUGGCCGGGGUCCUGGUCCAGUACUCGGGGUGGACUUCGGUCUUCUACGUCUAUGGCAGCUUUGGGAUCUUCUGGUACAUGUUCUGGUUGCUGGUUUCCUAUGAGAGCCCAGCCCAGCACCCCACCAUCACGGAGGAGGAGCGCCGGUACAUCGAAGAGAGCAUCGGGGAGAGCGCCAGCCUCAUGAACCCGCUGGUGAAAUUCAAGGCCCCCUGGCGCAAGUUCUUCACCUCCAUGCCCGUCUACGCCAUCAUCGUCGCCAACUUCUGCCGCAGCUGGACCUUCUACCUGCUUCUCAUCAGCCAGCCGGCCUAUUUCGAGGAGGUCUUCGGCUUCGAGAUCAGCAAGGUGGGCCUGCUCUCCGCCCUGCCCCACCUGGUCAUGACCAUCAUCGUCCCCAUCGGGGGGCAGAUCGCAGAUUUCCUGCGCAGCCGCAGGAUCAUGUCCACCACCAACGUCCGCAAGAUGAUGAACUGCGGAGGCUUUGGCAUGGAGGCGACUCUGCUGCUGGUGGUGGGUUAUUCCCACAGUAAAGGCGUCGCUAUCUCGUUCCUGGUCCUUGCUGUGGGCUUCAGUGGCUUCGCUAUUUCAGGUCAGCAGAGGCAGCAUGGGGCAGGGAUGAGAGUGGGGGCUCGGCAGGGAGCAGGACGGGGGCCCAGCAGGGGCAGUUGGCAGUACGUGUUCCUCAUCGCCUCGCUGGUGCACUACGGGGGCGUCGUGUUCUACGGGAUCUUCGCCUCGGGCGAGAAGCAGCCCUGGGCCGAGCCAGAGGAGACCAACCCCGAGAAAUGCGGCUUCAUCCACGAGGACGAGCUGGCCGACGAGGAGGACGAGGCUGCCCGGGGGGCGGGCGACGGGGGCAGCUACGGGGGUGGCUACGGGGCCACCAAGAGCACCAGCUUCGCCAACGGGGGCUGGGCGGCUGACUGGGACAAGAAGGAGGAGUUCGUGCAGGAGCCCGGCAAAGACACCUACAUGUACGGGGCACCGCGGGAGAGGGACCUGUCCUAGGGACCCCCUGAAUCUCCGCCUCCCCCCAGGCACCUCUGCAGUGGUACAGUCCAGGAGGGUGGGGCCACACUUGGCCACACCCCCAUUCUUCAGGCCACACUCCAGUUCCCCCCACUACAUUGGUACAGUCCAGGGGGUGGGACCACACUUGGCCACACCCCUAUUCUGCAGGCCACGCCCCAAUCCCCCCCUGUGUUGGUACAGUCCAGGGGGACAGGACUGAGCUUGGCACACACACCCCCUUCCUCCACUGCAUUGGUACAAUCCAGCACAGUGAGGUGGAGCUAAGUUCGGCCACACCCAAAUCCGCCCCAAGUGCCACUGAGCCAAGGGGUGGGAUUUAUUUUGGCCACUCCCAAAUCCCCCACAGUUUUGGUAUAAACCAAGGAGGUGGGGCUAAAUUAGGCCACAGCCCCCACCCUAUGGGCCACAGCCACGCUCAUUGGUGCCAUCCAGGAGGGCGAGGGAGUGGAGCUGAGUCAGGCAACACCCUCAAGCCCUUCGGCCCCACCCAACCCGCUCCCCGGGAGCCGCCCUAUUGGUACAAUCCUCUCCCCGCCCCCCUGCACAAGCCAUGCCCAAAUCUUGUCCCCUCUGGGCACCACCAUUUGGUCUGACCCAUCAGGGUGAGGGGGGUGGCACUUAGGGUUAAGUUGCCCUGCCCCCCAGGCCAGGGCAAUGGUACAAUCCAUUGGGGGGGGAAGCCCCCUGACUCCGUUGAAAGGAGUCUGGGGGGAGGGCGGGGCAGAGGUUAGACCUUUGACCUUGAGGUCAGACGGUCUUGACCUUUGACCCUUGGCCUCAGCGGGGGCACCACUUGACCUUGAGAUCAAAACGCCUUUGACCUCAAGGCUCGGCGUUGAGCCCAAGUUGACCGUGAGAUUCAUGGUGUUUGACCUUUGACCUUGAGGCUCCCACGUGCCCCAUAAUAAAUUAACCCCCCCAGCAGGCCUGGGGGGCAGCACUAGGGAUCCAUGGGGCGGAGAGCAGUGGAGCGGGAUGGGGGGAUGCCCCAGAUUGUGACCCCAGGGUUCAGUCUGACAGCGUCUUUACAAAGUGACAUGACAAAUGGCAGUUUUGAGCUACCCCUCAUGAGCCAGUCACCGGUUUUUAGAUGCCCCCCACCCCUCACUCCUUCUCCGAGCUGCCUGUCCUGGCGGCUCCCAGCCAUGGCCAAGAUGACGGUUUCAAGCUGCUCCCUGCAUUCUCGGUUGGCAGGUUUGACACCCCACAAGCUGCAGGUGUGGGUUCGAGACACUUCACCCGCUCUAGCUGGGGGGGUUGAGACACCCCGCGCACUCCAGCUGGCAGUUUCAAGUUACCCUGCAUAUUUUACGUGAUGGUUUCAUGUUACUCUGUACAGCUCUAACCAGCAAUUUCAAGCCACCCCGCAUGUCCUAGCGGGCAUCCAGUCAGGCUGCCUGAUCCAGUUCUAGCUGGUAGUUUCGGGACACCCCACACAAUCCAGUUACCGAUGCCAAGCCGCCCCGCAUGUUCUAGCUUGCUGGGUCACGGUUGCUGCAUCGCAAUUCUCCUGGAUAUUUUCCAACUGCCUUGCUUCCUCCAGCCGGCGGCUUCAAGUCACCCCACGGCAUCCAGGUGGCAGUUUCAGGCCACCCCAACCCAGCCAGCUGGCGGUUUCAAGCCACCCGACCCCAUCCAGCUGACGGCUUCAAGCCACCUAGCACAUUCUUAGUCCAGGGUUUCAAACAAGUCAAUGCCCUCUAGUUGGUGGUUUCAUGCCCCCCUUACAUGUGACAGUUUCAAGUCCCCCCCUUGCAUUCUCUCGAGCCACGUAGACACGUGGAGUGAGGCCCGGCCCUACCCGACAUCCCAACACACCCACCCCCCUGCGGGUGUGGCCCUGGCAUCGCCCAGUUCCUCCCAGUUAGAGGCAGGUGGCGAUGCUGUGGGGUGG